AUGAGGUUGAGGGCUAAGAAUCCGGAGUUCCUUCGUAUGCUUAGCUCCCCAGAGACAAUGCAGCAAAUGAUGAGUCUGCAGCAAUCACUUUUAUCUGGAAAUAGGAGUACUACCACAGUACCUCCUGAGGAGCUAUACGCCACACAAUUGCUACAGCUAGAGGAAAUGGGAUUCUUUGACAGAGCAGAGAACAUUAGGGCGUUGCGUGCAACCAACGGCAACGUUAACGCUGCUGUAGAAAGACUCUUGGGGAGUAUCGGCCAGUGACUUCUCACACAAUCUACCUCAAAAAAACUUUUUCUAACUUUCCCUUCCAAUGUAUAGACACUCUUUGAUUAACUUCUCUUUGAAAUUGUUAUUUGGUCUGGUAAUGUCGAUUUAUUAUACUUUU